AUGGGUGUUGACAUUGCCGGCAGACUCGCCACUGCUGCGGGAAUCGGUGGCCUGUAUCACCCUGCAAGCGAGCCCUACUCGGCGGACUACGGCUGCGCAAAGGGGUUCAUGAAGUCGAAUGGCCCCCUGGGGGACAUGAAGCCAGGAAAGAGAUGGUGGAACAUGCCCGAUCAUUCUGAGGUGGCUAUAGCGACACCAUGUCCGUGCAUGCUUGGUCCGUAUACCAACCUGAAACCGCAGCUUCACGACAAGCUGACAGAGGCGUUGGCUAGAGAGCGCGGGCAGCCUGAUGAUGAGUGGAAGAACUCCGCCGAUGACCGCUACACUAUUGGUGUGCCCAAGGUGCCAGAGUGGCAGUCGGCGGCUGGAGGCUUGCGCCUUGGCCACAUGGGAUGUGCGCUCGUGAUGUUGGCCGCUCCUUGGUUGAAGUCAUACUUCAACAUUGGCGGGCCAAAGUUUGCCUUCGAUGCUGACCAUUCCGUUUCGGACAUCCCCGAGACUGAGUCCGGGAACAUCUUCUCGGCUGGAUGCCAGGUCAUUACCUUGCGCCCCCGGCUGGUCUUGACCAAUGCUUCGACUCUGGAUAUUGAGCUGUGCCUCGAGGAGCACCGGCGACUGCGCCUUGCUGGUGAUCAGUCCAUCGAGGUCCACUGGCGCCCCCGUGAAGCUCACGAGCCCUCCGAUUCGCACGCAACGACUUUGCGUUUCCGACCUCUACGCGAGGUCUGCGAGACUGCUUGGUCGGGAAGCGUGGUGUGCGGCGAUGUCUCGGCCGGGUUGUCGGCCUUCGCCAUACCUGCAGGGGAGGAUGGACAAGAUGAGACAGCAGAGCAGGACACAUGGAGUGUCGAAGUUACGCCAGACCGUGGUGCACUGGCCGUUUCGUUCAAGCAAGGAUCGGAUUAUGUUGCGCGAAACCUGGUGCAGCGGAGCGGUGCAACUUUGUCUGUUCAGCCUGCAGGCUGCCGCCAUGGCAAGGAGCCUGCCAUAGCCUGCCGCAUGUUUCAACACAUGUCGAUGCGCAAGUGUGAUGUACUGCACCAGUCUUCGCAGUCGCAACAGGCCGGGGACUGUUCACCCGGGAACUGGGAGAAGAGGAAGGACACCAAGGAAAGGCACCAGGAACUACUCCUGGAGCGACUUUCUCUUGGGCAGAGGGCUCUGCGUAAAAUCCGAUGGCAGAUCAGUGGAUCUAUGGUUAUCACUGGCCUUGUCAUGGCCCUCUCGGUUAUGACUUGGCUCUUCAUUGAUGUGCGAUUGGAAAGCUCGCAUCGGAUCCCUCUGACAGUCGGCUGGGCAGUUUGUGCAAUCGGGAUGGCAUGCUUUGCCUCAGCUCCUCUGCCAGAUGACACGAUUUUGACACGGCUGUCUAUCUCGGGCGUGACGCUUUUGUGCCUCGUGUUCGCUAGCUUCGAAGUUUUCAUCCUGCUCAAUCAAGAGCACGCCAUGUGCGGAUGCUGGGACUGUGAUGCGAGCAAUCGGACGACGUGUAUUUGGUUCCUUGGCGAGUGCGGUUGGAAUGUUCUUUGGAACUUGGUCUCAUUCCUGGGCUUCCUGACUACGGCUUCACAGCCAAACGCGGACAAAAUGCAGGUCAGCUUCUGGCGAAUGUGGAGCAUAUUCUUUCGAGUCAAUUUUGCCGUCGACGCUCUGGUCCUCAUCCUCAACCGCUUCUUUAUACACGUCAGCUCGACUGCCAUCAUCUUCAUUGUCGGGGAUUCCUUCGGUGUGCUGUUCAGCUUUUUUCCAGAGCUUCGACAUCGGCUGCAUGCUGCACUCCACCGUUAUUUCAAGGAUACGGAGCGGACGGCUGCGGCCGUUGGUGUGGCGAGCUUGAUUGGAGCUUGUGAUAUCAACGUGGCGCUGAAGAAAGCAGAGUCCCAAUUCCGCAUAAUUGACUGCGACAUGCUCCAGAAGCACGAUCUCAGCGACAAUCAGCCUUCUCUUCACCUUUUCGAGCUUUCGCGACCCGCGUCAUUGGGCAGCUGUGAUGCCUUCGUGUCCCACUCUUGGCGCGACGAUGCAGAUGCCAAGUGGGAUGCCUUGCAGUCCUGGAAGCAAGCCUUCAGUUCUCGCUUUGGACGUUCUCCAAGUGUCUGGCUGGACAAAGCAUGCAUCAACCAGCAGGACAUCGAAGCCAACUUGCGGAGCUUGCCCAUCUUCCUUUCAGGAUGCGAAACUCUUUUGAUACUCUGCGGGACCACUUAUCUCAGCAGACUGUGGUGCAUACUUGAACUUUUCACCUUCGUACACAUGGGUGGAAAGCCGUGUGACAUCGAUUGUGUCCUGCUCGUUGGACCAGAUCAAUCCGACAUCACAGCCAUCGGCAACCAAUGCAAAAACUUCGAUGCCAGCGGGUGUGAUUGUUCAGUACCGGCUGACAAGGAGACAAUUCUCAACAUCAUCCACACAGCCUUUGGGACUAUUGACUUGUUCAAUGACUCAGUCAGGAGGAUUAUGCGGCGGAUCGUCGGAUUGUCCGCGGACAGGUUCACUAUGCUGAGUCCCGGUGCGGCGAGCGAUGCCAGCAGCGACAGCUCCGAUUCAGGUUCGCUGCAAGUUCGGCUCGCCACGCUCGUCGAAAGUUUCGAGAUUAGAGGUAUGCAAAAGUUAAAGUUCGAAAGGCGAACUUCCCUGCACGGCGACUUCGUCAGCUGGGCGGGUGGGCGCCAUGUGGGCCCUCCCAUGUCCCCCACGUUUGUCGCACUGGGUGCGUCGCCGCGGCUUCACACCUUCAAACUGGUGUGGAUUGCUCGAAGCAUCUGUGCAGCAUUAGCGGCCGACCUAGAUGACGAGAUGCUGUCCCUCAACGCCCUGCUGAUGCAAGCAGUUGGCGAAGGAAACUAUGGCCUCUACGAACUUGCUUGCGAUAAAAAGCUGUCCUGCUUCGAGCCCGAAGCGAAAGGCCAUCUCGUGACUGGCCUCAAUUUCCACAAAUACUACUUCGACCUGAAGGAGCAGAUGACGAAGGUUUGCUUUAAGCGGUUGGUGCAAUCUGGUACAAACACCGUGGCUACCGAGGAAGAUGAUGCACUUCCAUCGCUCACCUGGCAGUUCCUGAUUGCCAAUGUGGUGCUGCCGGGCCAGUCCAUGGAGUUUCAUGGUGGCCGCCAUGUCGCUGACUUGAGCUUGCGCACUGGAAUCCAUCACAGCAUCAGUCGCGCCACUUCCGACGCCAUGUCUGCAAGCGUUCCUUUGCUGUCCCCUGGGCGGCAAUCAAGCAAAAGCUCCUCCAACACGAAACAUGUCGGAGGUGUUGCUUGGCCUGGAAUCUGCAUGGCUGUGGGCUUUUCGGCACUUGCGGCGGCGACAAAAGCAACUGGAACUCGUCUGUCCAGCUAUGAACGAAUAUUCCUCAGAAGCUGCUUCUGCAUCGUUUUGGCCCCUGUGGCAGGUGAGGUGCCCUGGCCACCGUUGACCUCGCGGUAUCGUGGCUUGUUGCUUCUGAGAGGAGCUUUGGGAUUCGUUGCCGUAUGGUCGUAUUACGAAUCCAUCGCCCGGGUCCCGCUGGCGACUCUGACACUCAUCUCCAGGCUUCACCCGUUGCUCUCUACCGCCUUGGCCGGCGUAAUCCUCGGCGAGCCCGUGAAGCCAAGGCAGCUGAUAGCACUUCUCGCGGCUGCAUUUGGCACAGCCAUGCUGGUACCACGCACAGAGGAGCUGCUUUCAUCGGCUCAGAACAGCACCUACGGCUACAUGUGCUGUGUGUCUGCGGCCUUCUUCACCGCUGCGGCACUGCUCUGCGUGCGAACGCUCUCCGUGUUGGAUGAGGCACCACAUCAUGCCCGAGAAGCCUUUCACUGGGGCAACUUGUGCGGCUCACUGGCGCUAGGUUUACCACACGGCUUUCUUUGGCCCAAUCGAACCGAGCUGCUCUGGAUCCUGGCCACUGCCUUGUCCAUGCAGUUGGCGCAGCUUGCGCUGACGCAAGUCCUGCGCAACCCUAUGGUCAGCGCAGCGAAGUAUUUUUUCCUCACCAUCGUCUUGUACGGCUGGCGAGAGCCAAUGGCAUCGGAAUUUGCAGUCAAAGAAGGGGCAACUCCACUCGCCGUGGAUGUAGUGGUGAAUGGCCGCAGGCACCACAUCCAAGAUGCAAGACGCUCUCUUCACCGGCAGUUGCCUGGAACAGAUUCUGGACUGGCCAUCUGCAUCUUCCGUGCCGAUGCAAAGACGGUCCUGGCCUUGGUGGAGGAAGGCCCCGUCGAUGCUUCAGCUUCCUUGGAAGCGCCUGCAUCCUGGAGCCUGCAAGUGGAAGUCAGGUUGAGCCGGAUUGGCCUCUCCAUCAUCGAAGCCGGGCGGGAUCCCGAAGAGCUCGGCGCUGAGAAGCACCUGCCUUUCGAGCCAUCAUCCUUGGACCAGCUUGACUGGGACACCGCAUUGCACGACUACUUGGAGACAACUCCGCUGCCCACUUCACUGAUAGCUGCAGUGGUGCGCGGCGAAUCCCACAUGGACAAGAGGCAGAAGACGGAGGCAGAGGACCACUCGGGUCAUGGGCAUAGUCACGGCUACGGUGAUGUUCGUCGAUCCAGCGGCCGACUGCCGGUUACUGUCCUCACGGGCUACCUGGGAGCAGGGAAGACCACGUUGUUGAACUACAUCUUGAAAGUGCAGCACGACAAGAAGCUCGCCGUCAUCGAGAACGAGAUUGGAGAAGUUAGCAUCGACGAUGCACUCGUCGAUCAGAAGCAAGUGGAAAUGGCACAGGAGCUCGUGCUGUUGGAUAAUGGUUGCGUCUGCUGCACCGUGCGUGGAGACUUGAUUGCGUCUCUACAUAAGAUUGGGGAGAAGUACGCUACUGGUGGAGCACAUCUCGACGGCGUACUCAUUGAGCUUACUGGCAUGGCUGAUCCGGCGCCGGUGGUUCAGACGUUCAUUGUGGACCCGCAGGUGCAGAGGCAAUUCUACGUGGACAACGUUGUGACCUUGGUUGAUGCCAAGCAUGCCAUCGACAAGCUCGACGAGAGCAAGGGCGACCCAGAAAAGGGGACCGCCUGUGCACAGAUAGCAUUUUCGAGCACCGUCCUCCUGAACAAGAUUGAUCUGGUGGAUGAUGCACACCUGAAGAAGGUGGAGGCUCGCAUUAAGGAGCUCAACGGCGCAGCCGAGAUUCUCAGGUGCCAGCAAUCGCAGGCUCCAAUGGACAAGCUGUUUAACGUCGGUGCUUUCAACUUGGAGCGGGUUUUGGACGAGCAGUACAUGGAUGAAUCAGAGUUCCGACAGUUCUACAAGCCUAAGAUGGACCGUUCUGUCUCGAACGUUGGCAUUCGCUGCGAAGGAGCCGUUCAGAUGUUCGCCAUACAGCGGUUUUUGGACCAAUACCUAGGGCAGGAGGAGACAGCAAAGGAUUUCCUCCGUGUCAAGGCAGUUUUGAACAUCGCCGGCAGUGACAGAAAGUUUGUGCUACAGUGUGUGCAUAUGCUCCGAAACCAGGGCUUUACCAAGCCAUGGGGCCCGGGAGAAAAGCGGGAAAAUAAAAUCAUCUUCAUUGGCCGUAGCAUGCAGCCGCGGCGGCCGGAGCUCAACGAAGGCUUCAAGGCUUGCUUGGUGACCAAACCCUUGCGCUUCCCAGUGGGUACCGCAAUCCGGGCCAAGACAGGUGCAGGUCCCCAGGACUGGGAGCAGGGCGUGGUGCUGGCGCAGUGGGAUGAAUGCAACGCGUACCGCUUGCAGUUGAGGAGUGGAGACCAAGUCCAUGCACCCAUGGACAUGGAUUGCUUCGUGAUGAAGGCCUGA